AUGUCGAAGACUUCAGACAAGUGGCAUGCUAGGUAUAGUCCUCAAGGGACUGUGAACACCCAAUUCUCUAAGGAUAGAGAAAUCGUCACCUUUGUAUUCGACAAAUUCCAAGCUUUCAUUGGCCCAAGCGCUUCGCAAACCGACGGAACAAAGCAGACAAGAAAUUACAUAUCAGAUAGUGAUACCAGCACCGAUUGGAACCAAGGCAGCGCCUACGAGAAGGUUGAUAUAGUCAAGUCAGCGUCUGCAAUCUGGUCGCCCUGUGGAGUUAAUGGUAUUCUUAACGUCAAUAACCGUAUUGGCCUCUCAAACGAGAGAGGUGCUCCUGCCAUUGCCGCCGCCUUGCGGCCCCAAGCAAGUGCUCAUGAAAUCUAA